AUGGAGGCAACCCUUUUCCACCCAUCUAUCCUCAAGAUCCGGUUGGCAAAAAACUUCGACAAGCCCACGGACAUGAGGUAUGAUGGGAGGAAAGACCCUCAGGAACAUCUGACGGCAUUCGAGGCCAGAAUGAACCUAGAGGAUAUUGGUAAUGAUGUCAAGUGUCGUGCUAUUCCAGUAAACCUAGCAGGUCUAGUGAUACGUUGGUUUAACACGCUCCCGCAAAAGUUUAUUACAGUCUUCGCGGAUAUCACACAGAGGUUCUUGGCACAAUUCACCACACGGAUAUCCAAGGCUAAGCACUCGAUCAAUUUGUUAGGUGUGACCCAACGUGCUAGCGAGCCGACAAGGAAAUUUCUCGAUCGGUUCAAUGAUGAAUGUCUAGAGAUCGAUGGCCUGACAGACUUAGUGGCAAGUCUAUGCUUGACAAAUGGCUUUUUAUACGAGGACAUCAACAAGCAGCUCACCACCAAGCCUAUUUGGACCAUGCAAGAGAUCCAGAACAUGGUGAGAGAAUACAUCAAUGAUGAAGAAGUUAGUCAAGUGAUGGCUGCCAAAAAGUGA